GGCGGGGGAGGUGGCGCGCGAUGGGGUCUGUGCGCCCGCGGGUCUGAGCCCCCCCCGCGGCAUGGCCGCCAUCAUCAAGAAGCAGAUCCUGAAGCACCUCUCCCGGUUUACCAAGAAUCUCUCUCCAGACAAAAUCAACCUAAGCACUCUGAAAGGGCAGGGGCAGCUGACCAACCUUGAGCUGGAUGAAGAGGUGCUGCAGAAUGUGCUGGAGCUGCCCACCUGGCUUGCCAUCACCAGGGUCUACUGCAACAAGGCAUCCAUCAGGAUCCAGUGGACAAAGCUGAAAACACACCCAAUCUGCCUGUACCUGGAUAAAGUGGAGGUGGAGAUGAGAACAUGUGAAGAACCUCGGCCACCCAAUGGACAGUCCCCCAUUGCUCUUGCUGCAGGUCAAAGUGAAUAUGGCUUUGCUGAAAAGGUCGUGGAGGGGAUGUUUAUUGUUGUCAAUUCCAUCACUAUCAAGAUUCACUCCAAGGCUUUUCAUGCUUCUUUUGAGCUCUGGCAGCUCCAAGGCUACAGUGUCAACCCAAACUGGCAGCAGAGUGACCUGCGACUCACCCGCAUCACUGACCCCCAGAGAGGAGAGGUUUUGACAUUCAAAGAGCUCACCUGGCAGACACUUCGAAUAGAAGCAGAUGCCACUGACAAUGGUGAUCAGGAUCCUGUGACUACUCCUCUGAGACUCAUCACCAACCAGGGCAGGAUCCAGAUCUCUCUCAAGAGAAGGACCAAGGAUUGCAAUGUGAUGGCAUCUAAGCUGAUGUUUCUCCUGGAUGACCUCCUCUGGGUGCUGACAGACUCUCAGCUGAAAGCAAUGAUGAAAUAUGCAGAGUCUCUGAGUGAAGCCAUGGAGAAAUCUGCACAGCAAAGGAAAAGCUUGGCCCCAGAGUCUGUCCAGAUCACACCACCUGCUCCAAGUACCCAGCAGUCGUGGUCUCAGCCAUUUGGAGUCAGCCCCAAUGCAAGCAGCAUUGGCCAAUACUUUGACAAGCAUGACAUGAAGGAGUCCUCCUACCACCUCCUCAUCUCACGCCUGGAUCUGCACAUCUGUGAUGACAGCCACACUCGGGACACAGGCACUCUGAAGCAUGGGAUGCUGGGAGGUGCCAUGCAGCUGACCUUCAGGAGGAUGGCUUUUGACUAUUAUCCUUUCCACAAGGCAGGAGAUGGCUGCAAGCACUGGGUGAGGUACAGUGAAGCAAUGGAAACACGAGGGCAGUGGGCAAAGAAGUUGGUCACUGAAUUUCAAAGCAAGAUUGAGAAGCUUUAUGAAGAAAUGGACCCUGCAUUUGCCAGGACUCCACUUUCCCCCUUCAAAAAGAAAACUGAUCCUUCCUUGAGUCCUCAGAAAGGUUCCUCAGACAGAGCCCGGGCACCUCCCAGCACUUUGCCGCGGCUCUGGCACCCGCCCUGGCACCGCCUGCGCUCCAGCUGCGUGGUGGUUCGUGUGGAUGACUUGGAUGUCCACCAGGUCUCUACAGCUGGUCAGCAAAGUAAGAAACCUUCCACCUUGCUUUCAUGUAGCAGAAAAUUCUUCAAACUUCCUGAGCAGGUCUCUGCAAUCCAUAUUGAAUUCACAGAGUAUUACUUCCCAGACAAUCAGGACUUUCCAGUUCCCUGCCCAAACCUGUAUGUACAGCUGAACAGCCUGGUGCUUACCCUGGAUACAGCAAGUGUGCUCUGGAUGAACCUCUUCUGUCUGGAUCUGUACCGUAGUUUGGAGCAGUUCAAAGCCAUCUACAAGCUGGAGAACUCAGGCAAGCAGGAUGAGCACUUUGAUGUUCUACUGGAUGGCUUCCAGCUGAAGCUUAACAUCCCUGUGGAGAAGAAAGUCACUACCCACCCAGAUCGUCCCCAGACACUCUGCAUCUGCAUGGCAAAGCUGACUGUCACCAACACCCGCCAUGCUCCCUUCUGUACCUGCCAGGACCUCCAGAGCCUCUUCCGUCAAUUUGCCAGCUCGGAAUUCUUCCACUCCAGUUCUGUGAAGUUCCCAAGCUCUCAGGACAGUUUCAGCCUUCUCCACACCCUUUUCCUGCGCCACGCGUAUCAGGUGGAGGAGAGGCCUCAGAAGCAUCCAGGCUUCCCCCAGCUGCUGCACAAACCCUCUGCCUCUGAAGAUCUGUGGUCUAUGAAUUUCACUGAGCUUUCCCUGGACUUUGAGGGGGCUGAAAGUUCCAAGGGCAGGGCCCUGAGCUUUAUUGACCCUUUUCCCCUUUCCGUUUGGGCCUGUCUUCCCAAGAGAUGGGCCCAAGCUCAGAUGUCCAAACGACAGGAACUGACUGCCUCAGAGCUGAAAAUCAGACCUUCUGCCAGCUUUAGCAAUCACUCCAAGAACGAGAGCCUUUCCAAAGAACAUGGGCUUUGUCAAAGAUCAAAGACUGACCAGGAUUUGAAGAACAUCUACAAGGUCCCAGAGACACUGGAUGUCUUGGGAGAAUCUAAGUGUGAACCUGAUGAUGGAGUAGAUGAAAAAGAGCUGGAAGCCUCUGCUGAUGUCCAUUUCCUUGUGUCCUCAUCUGUUCAUGUCAAAGUUCGACUCAACCACUACCAAUACUUGGUGUUGCUCAGGAUGAAAGAAGUUCUGCAAGCACUACAGGAGCAGUUGGCCCAAGAUACCCAGAAAGUGACUGGGUCUCCUUUAGAUCCCAUGUCUGCUUGUGUAGGGGUUGUGUUCCACAGUGCUGAAGUGGCCUUACUCAUGAAGCCUGCUCCAGGCUCCCUCUUGGAACCCAGAUCCCUUGACUCAGACACAACUAGCCUGAUCGAGUCAGAGCUCUCACCUUCAGACAGCAAGGAGGGGCUGGCAGCUGAAGAGAAGGAGCUGAAAUCAGAAACCAGUUCAGAGAAGGGAUCUCACAGUGCCUCAGGGGUCCUGGAGGACAGUGGGAUUGAAAAUACCAAUACCAGUCUAACCAGUGUGCCACUGGGGAGACUCCCAAGAUCCACAAGCGAUGGAGCUCUGAGCACAGCUCCACAUAGCGAGAGCAUGGAGGAGAAAGGUUUGAUAGAGGAAGCCCACGAAGCUGUGGAAGCCCUGGCUGCAGAAGGACCAGCAGAGAGCAGCAGCCAUCCUCAGGACCUUCCUGCCUUCCCUUCUAGCCCAACCUCAGACACACAGCCCUCAGGGAGAGGAAAUGCUGCUCUUAAUGGCCAAGCAGAACUCAUUCCUUUGAAGAACAUAGAGGUGGAGUUGUCCAGUGCCCUGCACAUCACCAAGGAUGCCACCAAGGAGGCUCUGCACGUAACUAUGGACCUCACCAAAGAAGCUAUGUCCAUAACAAAAGAUGCUCUGAGCCUGAGCAGGGAGAAGAUGACCUCCACCAUGCAGAAAAUGCUCUCUCUGCCUCCAGCCAAGGAUUCUGUGCCCAAAGCAGAAGAGGGAGCAGUGACUCCAGGAGGGGGUGGCAGCAGCCGAAUGCGUUUUUUCUCCAUGAAGAGGACAGCAUCCCAGCAUUCCUUUGACACCACAUCUGUGGAUGGGAGUGGCCCUGAGGAUGGGCUCUCUGUGGACAGUGAUGGCAGUGAUGGCUUCGUGAUGCUCACAGACUCUGAACCCAGCCUGGACCCUCUUCCCUCAGGGAAUCUUCCUCAGGCCCACAAUGACACAGGCAGCAGAGCAAGCCUGGUGGCAGAGGAUGAGAGUGGAAUAUCCCCUGAAAUAAACAGCUCGACUUCCCAGAGUGAAGACCCCAGGCUUCAGCUGGUGUCUGUCCUCGUGCUGAAGAUGAAUGAUGUCAACUGUACAAUAGAGGCACGAGGUGAUGACCUGUCUCUUGCUUUACAAGUCAUGAACGUGGUUCCAGAGCAACUGAGCAAUGUUGGGAUGUGGCAGUACCUCCAUGGCUACCUGGCUCCAGGAGAUGCAGGUGCAGAGAAACCUUCAGUCCCUGAGGCCACCAGGGCCCAGCCAGAAGUUUGCCUGCGUCUGGAAGUUGGACCCAAAGCUGCUCUGCACUCCCCUCUUGCUGUUCAGAAUGGUUUCCUUCAGCUGCUGCUCCACAGUUACACAGCAGAGCUCUUCAUGUCCUUCCUUACCAACCUUGGCCCCUUCCUUGAGGAUGAAAUCAUUCCAGAGGUGAUCCCCAUGGAGAUAGAAGUUGUGGAUGCCAAAAUCACAUUGAAGGAUGACAGCCCCCAGGUGUACUCUACCUCCCCUGGCCCUAUUCCCAUCACCUUGGCAGUAGAUCACAUCAUUAUGAAGCGAAGGGAUGAUGGAGUCUUCUAUCUAACAGCCCCACAAGGGGAGGGCUCACCAAAACAGGAAAAACCUGUGUCAGCUCUUCAGGAGGAGAAGGCCCCAGUGGAGUGUGUCUCAGCAGCCCCAGCAGCAGGAACUUGUGGACUCCAGUUAAAGGAAGUGCCUGAGUUGCAAAGGGAGCUUCAGAGCAUGAAAACAGCCCUUGCAGAAGCCAACAAGGAGAAGGAACUUCUUCUGCAGGAAGUUAGGAAAUACAAUCCCCUCUUCCAGCUCUGACAGGGAAGGCACAGGCUGUGGCUGCUCAGGAGGAGCUCAGGAGGAGUUCAGGAGGAGAGGAGAUCACCACCAGCACUGUGGCAGCUACUUGGAUUCUGCUGCUGCUAAACAGGUCAGCCUCCUGGAGACUGCUCCCCUCAGAGGAUGGGAACCAACUGGGACUGCAAGAUGAACUUGGAAGAGGUAGAAAGGAAGGCAGCACCUGGCUGAGCACCAGGGCAACAACCAGAAGGCAUCAGCUGUUUGCAGCCUUUUUUUUCUGUCCUGGCAGUGUGUCUCUCACUGAAGCAGGGCAGUGGGCAGCCUACAAACAAAAGGUCAGAAAUUGGGAGGGGAGACACACUCACAGCCCAGCUCUUCAUCCAUGGGUGGUAGUGACACUGCUUUCAGCCUUCACCUUUUGUGGGGACAUCCAGAGAUGCUCCCCAGUGGGGCUUCAGCUUCCUUCAGUUGCCUCAUCACCCUUGCCAAAGAACACAGCAAGAGGAGCACGGGAGGGUGGCAGAGGAUAGGUAUGGCAGGAAACACUGAAAUACUGCUCAGGGUUCUGGUGGGGAAGCACCUGCACUGUCAGGUGAAAAACAAAGAGGGGGUUGGUGGAUGUGAGAGAUGCAGAAGGGAUUUCCACCCGUGGAGGAAGGGGGCUACAGCUCAUUAUUCCCUCAAGAACAGAGGAAAGGAAUUCCUUCAGACUUCUCUUUCCACCAGUGAUUUGUUGUGUCAAGGCAGAACUCUUGGAGUUACCCUGAGUCUGAUUUACUUCCUCCCUUAACCCCACACUUUAAUGAUGCAGAAAAACCAGGGAAUUAAUUUCUUUCCCUACAGAGCACCCUUUAACCUUUCUUCAAUUUUACUCUCAAAGAGCAGGGCUGAAGGAAAUGGGGUUAAGUCACGGGGUGAGGUGACCUCUGUGUUUUCUUGAGGAUGGAAAGUCCCAAACUGCUGUGUGCCAGAGUUUGAGCAGUGGAGAGAGGGAGAAAAGGAGGGGGAGAGAGGGAGAGAGGAAGAGAAGGAGGGAGACAGGGAGAGCAGAGCAGCACCAACUGCACUGGGAAGCAGCCACCUACGUUCUACCUGGUCCUGUGGUUUUGUUAGCACUGAGCUGAUGCCUGAUCUGAAAAGUCUUCUAACAGGAAUAUGGGUCAGGAAAAUUCUGUGCUGGAAUGUGGGUCAGGAAAAGGGAGCUGCCCAGGCCCCCUGCCUGGAGCCUGACACUGCUCACUGCUUGCUGUGGAGUGGAGAUGAAGCAGCAGGUGUUGGGUUGAGCUUGGUUUGUGUUCUUGCCUUUUCUGGAGCUGCUUCCCAGAAAGAGGGAAGAGUCUGUGUGGUCAGGGAGUGACUUGAUUUAUAAGGAAAUAGGCUCUGAGAGUGUGGAAGGGAACAAAGAAAGAUCUAGUAAAAUAUGAAGUAGACACUGAUUUUAAAAAGUAAAGAAGGAAAUGUCAUUUAUCCACACAAGAAUCAAAUCCACUCCUGCAGGUGAAUUGUUACCUGGUUUCUUGGCCCUGCUGAUCCAGCCACUGUGUGGUCAAAGUGCUGCAGGAAGGAGCUGAAAGGGGCAGCUGUGAAGGGAGAAGCUGUUCUGGAGAAGCAGUUCUGUGUUCUGAUCCAGGAGGGUCUGACUUGCACCCCCCUCAGUGUUGUGGAUGAGCACUCAUUGCCUCCCCCAUCACACACACUUCCUUUAAUGUCUGCAGUGUGGAUUUUAUCUUAGUUCAGAGCUUGGUUUGGAUUUAUCCAGAUGGAUUUUGUGUUUGUGCACAUGUACCACUUCUCCUGCACAGGCUUUUUAGUGCAUGAAGCAAUUGCCACCCACUGAGUGAUAGGAAAAAGUGACAGAUUAUAUUUAUUAAUCAGAUGAAAACUUCAGUAGGCUAUAAAGUGUAAAUAACCCUUCUUGAGGGUGUGUUUCCUGGCUGAACUCACUCCCCAAAACUUGAAUGGAUUUUUCUAUUUUUAGAAAAAAAUGGAUUUAUUUCUAUUUUUGGUUUAGCUAAAACCAAGGCUUAUUGACUGCUCACUGGGCAAGGAGCAGCCUCUGAUUUACCACGAUCAGCUGAGGCCUGGAAACCACAGCAAAGCAAGCAAACAGCUUGGGAGUUCAGUUUUUCCUACUGUGCUCUCCCAUCCUUGUCCCUUUGCCCAGCUCUGGAGCUGUUGAACACUUCUCCCUUAACAAGCACUCCUGAGAUCAUUUGAGUUCUUCAUUAGCUCUGGGGGCACCAGGACAACUUGGAGGCACUGCUGUGGUUUGUGGGGAGCCAGGGCUGGAUUCCUUGUGGAUAUGUGAGAGAGGGAUCAGAACAACUCCUGAGAUGAUCAUCUGCACUCUGGCUUUGUCUCCAUGGGACUGAAGGGAGCUUUGGACACUUGUUGGAAUUAGUCCUGGCUUGCAGGGUUGUGCAGACAGCCCUGGGGUGGCUGUGCUGCUGGAUUGUGUUUCUGCCAGGGGCUGACUCUGCCUCCCAUCAGGUAGGAGCCUGAGCUGCCCUCUGGGAGCUGCCACAGAGGAAUUAAAAGGAAUUGCCAGGGGCAGAAGCAGGGGAGCUGAGCUGGGCUGCUUGCUGUGCUCAUGCUCCCCACCCACUGAGCCUGGGCUUGCUCCUGUGUUUGGAUGCUGUGACUCCUGCCAGAUGCUUUCCCCUCUCCUCCUCCUCUUCCUCCUCCUCUUCCUCCUCCUCUUCCUC